AUUCAAUAAAUAAUUUUCAAUCUGGAUUCAGGUGAUAUGUUUCCGGACUUGAAUUUUGUUUGAUUUUGUUUUUUUUUUGGGCAAUGGCUCCUGCAUUCUGAUUUGCAGAAUUGAAGCAAGCCAGCCAAAGGGCAUUUAUGUUUCAAUUGAUCUAUGAUACAUGGGGUUGUGUGAUUAUGUUUUUGUUUUGGGCAGUUUGAGGCAUUGAAAAAUGAGAAUGGUAAAGUUACGGUUGGAGAUAUACCCUCCUUAAUCAUGAAACUGAAGAGUUCGAAUGAUGUAUUUAAUGAGGAGGAGAUUAGACAACGAUGGGGAGAAUCACAUUCUGAUAUCAAUGACGAGGUGGAUUUUGAAAGCUUCCUCAGGUCAUAUGAAGAUGAACGAAAUAAAGCCAAUGAAAAAUCCGGGGGAUCAAAGACCCCUUCAUCCUUCCUGAAGGCAACCACAACAACUCUUCUUCACACCAUUCAUGAAACUGAAAGGGCUUCAUAUGUUGCACAUAUAAAUAUAUACCUCAGGGAUGACCCAUUUUUGAAGCAGUUCCUUCCAAUGGAUCCAUCCACAAAUGCUUUAUUUGACCUUGCAAAGGGUGGAGUACUAUUAUGCAAGCUUAUCAAUGUAGCGGUGCCUGGUACAAUAGAUGAGCGGGCUAUCAACACGAAAAAGGUACUCAACCCUUGGGAAAGAAAUGAGAAUCACACACUCUGCCUCAACUCUGCAAAGGCUAUUGGAUGCACGGUAGUCAAUAUUGGCACUCAAGAUCUUGUUGAAGGAAGACCUCAUCUGGUACUGGGAUUAAUUUCUCAAAUUAUAAAGAUCCAACUACUGGCAGAUCUCAACCUCAGAAAGACGCCCCAGCUUUUAGAAAUUGUGGACGACAACACUGAUGUUGAGGAGCUUAUGUCACUUGCUCCUGAAAAACUUCUGCUGAAAUGGAUGAAUUUCCAUCUUAAGAAAGGCGGCUACAAAAAGACAGUGACAAACUUUUCUUCUGAUCUGAAGGAUGGAGAGGCUUAUGCCUACCUUCUUAAUGUACUUGGCAAUACGAAAUGA